UCUUAGUUAAAUAAGUGCGGACAAACCAAGCGCCGCCCUCUGCCUCCCUACGGCAUCGCCGGUAUCAUGCCCGCCGCCAGCGAUGACCUUGACCUCCUCCUCUCCCUUGGAGGAGACAAAGUACCUGAAACCCCUCCCGGAUCUCCUUCUUCCUCCUAUUCGCGCUUCCCCGGAUAUUUAUCUGAUGAUGGUUCACCGAAGAGGCCCAGGGCCAGCGACAUGUCAGUCUUUCGGGAUGCCGUUAAAGAUUACCUCGAUACCGAGCCACCUGUUUCGAAGGUCCUCCAUUCUAGGAAGAAAUCUGAGAAGAAGAGAGGGGAGGUGGAGAUUGAAAGGUUUUCUGGUAUCAAAAUUCGGAACCAGUUGGUAUCUUCUGUUGAGCUGAGCAAUCGCUUCUCUGAUGUGCGAUUUGUUCGGAUGUCAGUCAUUAGGAAUUUAUUGUCCGGAGACACUCUUUCUGGUAGCUGGGCAACAGUAGGAGUGUUGACAGAGAAGGGAGACGCAAAAGUGAGCUCUGCUGGGAAGAACUACUGUAUAUGGAAAAUGGGGUGUUUGGAUGAGACAAAUGUCUCAGUUUUCUUGUUUGGUGAUGCCUACAAGAUGAACUCUGCUGAGAGGGUGGGGGCUGUGUUUGCACUUUUCAACUCCAAUGUACGCAAGGAUGAUGCUGGGCAAGGGUUUUCUUUGAGCCUGUACUCAGUUGGUCAAAUUUUAAAGAUAGGAACAUCGGCAGACUACGGCAUUUGCAAGGGUAAUAGGAAGGAUGGAAUGGCUUGCACAAUGGCCAUAAACAAAAAUAAGGGGUUGUAUUGCAAAUAUCAUUCCUCGAAAACCUCCCGAAGUUAUACCACUGCACGUACCGAACUGAAGGGUGGGAACUUAAAAAUGGCAUUCAGACCCCAACCAGAGGGUGUUUACAUUGUUAAUCCCCAAGCGAGCCAAACAAAUAGGGCAAAUUCAGUGCAGCAAGCAAAAGUAAUGUCUGUAGAUGGACUUAGGAGAGUCCUGAGUACUGCAGAUAAAUUGACGACCAAUAGCCAUUCUCAGGGGAUAAGAUUCCUCAGCAAUAUAACUGCCAAGACUGAGUUAAAACUACCAGAUAAACAAACUCUAAAGACAAAUGAAAUAAAAACCAGCUCAGGGAAAAGACCUGCUGUAGCUACAAAACUGCCAUCAAAUCUUGCAUUCAAAAAUGGAACAGAGACUAAAAGGCAGAAGGCCUAUCAAUCUUCUGUGAACAUGAUAGAACUUGACGUAAUCAGCUCAGACGAAGGGUGAUGGUGAUUUUACAGCACACUUCGAAAAUGAAAAUUUCAACCAAUGGUACGUUGAAUUGUGAUUCCUAUGCUUACCAGAGAAGAGCUGAAAUUUUUGCAGUCUUCAGGUUUCUUCAUAUAUAUAUAUAUAUAUAUAUAUAUAUAUAUAUAUAUAUUGAAUGGCUCACUGUAUAUUAACUGGAAACAAUAACGUAUGUCCAUAAAAGAAAUGCAUCAUGCAUUUGUGUAACAUAGAUUCCUGUUUGCUUUUAUUCUAAAAUUUAUGUAUUUGAAUCCAAGUGAUGUAUCUAACAAAUUUUGCUGAGCUUCACUGAAGUCUGUAAAGUAUUUGCCAUCUUCAAUUGGAUUUCUUACUAACAAGCUUGAUCAAUA